UCCCGUUUGUAGCCAUUCAGCAGCCUGGCGCCGCAGAGAGCACAUCGAGCCAGAGCCUGCAGAGCGUCUAUUCACACCGCAGACACAGCGGGGACAGGCGGCGUCCGCAGGCUGAAAUAUACGUGCGUAACCCGCAUGCUUCACCUCCAGAGAUACCCCCCUCCCUAUCCAGCCUUUGUGAUCCAGGUCUCCAGAAGGGAAGCCAGAGCAGCGAGAGGGCUCGGAGCCGUGGAGUUACAUAAGAGCGCAGGAAGCGUCAGCCUCGUCGCAGGGCCGGUGUGACUCAUUGAUAAAUAACACGGGCUCUCCGAGCAGAUGCAUGAAUGACCGAGUGUACCCGCACUCCGCAGAUCUGUGAAGGAGACUCGCGUUUUUAUUGAUCCCACUCGUCCCGAAGCGCACGGGACCUUCGGCGUGAGACUUUAUUUGUCUGAUUUUGGAGUUUUUCUUUAUUUAAUUUUGUCGUGCUGUUAAGGGCCAAAGCAGCGGACUAAGAAAAAGGAAACCCAGACAGAUUACUUUGGUUCCCGCUGCCGCCGCUGAGUCUCCGGGUCUCUCCUCGCUUCUUCAAAUCAUUUCUUUACUCCUGCCUAUAAAUGCUUGACAAGCUCAAGCCCGUCGUCCAGCUCGACUCGGUAAUGGCGAUCAGCAAGACGGUGGGCUGGCUCCGCGAGCAGCUUGAGACGCGCAGGGACGGCCUGCUUGUGAUGGACUGCCGGGCCCAGGAGCUCUACGAGUCGUCGCACGUCGAGACGGCCAUCAACGUGGCCAUACCGAGCCUCAUGCUCCGCCGGCUCAAGAAGGGCAACCUGCCCGUGCGGUCGCUGCUCUCCGACGGAGAGGACCGGGAGAAGUUCGUGCGGCGAUGCAAGACGGACACCAUCGUGCUGUACGACGAGUACAGCCGGGAGUGGAACGAGAACGUGGACGGGGGCUCCGUGUUGGGUUUACUGCUGAGGAGGAUGAAGGACGAAGGCUACAAGGCCUAUUAUCUGGAGGGUGGCUUCAGUAAAUUCCAGGCCGAGUAUCCAGCUCUGUGCGAGACCAACCUGGACGGCUCCUCCAACAGCAGCUCCCCCACCGCGCAGGUGCUGGGCCUCGGCGGGCUGCGCAUCAGCUCCGACUCGUCGGACAUCGAGUCGGACAUCGACCGCGACCCGAGCAGCGCCACGGACUCGGACGGCAGCCCCCUGUCCAACCCGCAGCCCUCCUUCCCGGUGGAGAUCCUGCCGCACCUGUACCUGGGCUGCGCCAAGGACUCCACCAACCUGGACGUGCUGGAGGAGUACGGCAUCAAGUACAUCCUCAACGUGACUCCCAACCUGCCCAACCUCUUUGAGAAUGCAGGGGAGUUUAAGUACAAACAGAUCCCCAUCUCGGAUCACUGGAGCCAGAAUCUCUCUCAGUUCUUCCCCGAGGCCAUCAGCUUCAUUGAUGAAGCUCGAGGCCAGAAGUGCGGCGUCCUGGUCCACUGCCUGGCCGGGAUCAGUCGCUCAGUAACGGUUACGGUGGCCUACCUGAUGCAGAAGCUCAACCUGUCCAUGAACGACGCCUACGACAUCGUCAAGAUGAAGAAGUCCAACAUCUCACCCAACUUCAACUUCAUGGGCCAGCUGCUGGACUUUGAGCGCACACUGGGCCUGAAGAGUCCGUGCGACAACCGCAUCUCGGCCCCGAGCCAGCAGCUCUACUUCACCACCCCGACCAACCACAACGUCUUCCAGCUGGACCCCCUGGAGUCCACGUGAGGUUUGCUGAGGUUUCAUGGGCCUCCCGUUGGAAACGCUGCAAAAAGUUUCUCUUUUUUCCGUCGUCUGCCGUGGCACCGGGCUCUUGACGUUAUUGAUACAGCUUGAGGCGACUGCCGCUGAACGUGGUUACUGGAGGGCCAAAGCUGUCUGGCCGAGACGCAGCUGCUGUUGACUGAAUGAGGAGCGACAGUGAAAGAGACAGAAGUCAUUUAAAGAAUGCAGAUGCUUUCUAAAAUCUUGUAUCACUGUCUGAGGUCUUUUCUCUCUUUUUGUCACGAGGAAACAGCUGUACGUUAUGCUUCAAAGCUCCUGGGCUGGUGUGCCAAAGAGACAUGAUUGUUCAAACUGGACAGAUUUCAAAAUCAAACUUUUUAAAAUGUUUGUUUUGGUUCUGGUUUUGGUUUGGGCCAAUGCUGGUUCCUCCAAGACAUCAAGAUGUGUUGUCUCGUUCGUCUUCUGUGAAGACUUGCCUGUGUGGGGUUGAGGCACCCCAGCUUUAAAAGGCACACUAUAUACUGGACUCAAUUUUACAUUUGUGGAGUCUUUUCAAACAUUUAUACCUUGUGUAUAUAUCUUAAUAUAAAAGACAAUACAGUAAAAGCCUUGCUCUAGUACAUACCCUUUGCAACAAGUGGGUACUGAAGAUUCUUUGUUUCAUAUUCUACAUUUAUGUAAGCAAACAAAUUGCAUAUUGAUCAGUAUGUUUAAGUUGAUUAUGCCAAAAAUCAAGUAGGCUUUCUAAGAGUUGUGCAAAAAUGUGUACUUGUGUAAUAUAUUUGAUAAUCGCUUUACGUGUGAAUACAGCCGAUGGGCCUUGUUUUUGCACCCAUCCUCUCACAAAUCAGAGUCACCUUGGUUGUUUGCCUUACUGUUGUGCUCAGAGGGUUUUUAUUGUGCAUUAGCCUUCAGAGAAAUUCACAGACUUUCCCAGUUUUGCAGUCCAGCUUUGAACGGUUUUCACAGCGGUUUUUAAUUUGGCGCCACACAAAGGACCGCAUGUGCAACGACAUGUGACGUCUUGGAUCUCUGAAGGUUCAUGUGAAUAAUCCUGAUCUGUGCACAAGAGUUAAAAGUCUCUGACAUGUGGACAAAGUAGGACGCUUUGUUCACCUCGCCUCUUCAGGGAAAACUCUGUGUAAUGCAGUUUUUAUUUGUCAAGACAAGAGGUGUAGUGUUGCCCCCUCCACACAGAAGGCCUCUUUCCAGAGGAAGCCAUGUUGGUAACCUCUGCCAAGCCCCUCCAUGCUCCUCUCUUACGAAUGUAAAGAACAGAUAAGUUAUUAAUAAAAUGCUAUUUUGUCUACACUU